CGCACACGCCGCCGCCCCCGUAGCCUCGCAGCCGCCGCCGCCGCCGCCCGGUGCCCGAGGAGAGGGCGGCGGGCGCCCUUCGGGGAAGAUGAAGGCGGAGGGGGGCGACCACUCCAUGAUCAACCUGUCGGUGCAGCAGGUCCUGAGCCUCUGGGCCCACGGGACGGUGCUGAGGAACCUCACGGAGAUGUGGUACUGGAUCUUCCUCUGGGCUCUCUUCUCCUCUCUGUUUGUCCAUGGUGCUGCGGGAGUGUUGAUGUUUGUGAUGCUGCAGAGGCACAGGCAGGGGAGAGUCAUCUCUGUCAUUGCCGUCAGCAUUGGGUUUCUAGCUUCUGUGACCGGAGCCAUGAUCACUAGCGCAGCGGUGGCCGGCAUUUACCGAGUGGCCGGGAAGAACAUGGCCCCCUUGGAAGCGCUGGUGUGGGGCGUUGGACAGACCGUACUGACAUUAAUCAUCUCCUUUUCAAGGAUCCUCGCCACACUCUGAGGUUUCUGUGGGACUGUCUUACUUCACUUAAGGAAACAAAUGUACAGAUUCUCUGAAAACAGCAUUGUCAACAAGUGGGAAUGAAAUUGUGCAAGAAUGUGGAAAGAGCAGGUCGAAACCUGAGGCCUUGCGCUGCGUGGGAAGACUGCCCUCUGGUGUUCCAGUGAUUGCACUACCGCACUGCACCUUACGUGCCUCCGUCCCAGGCCAGGCGCAUCACACCCGUGAAGCUACAAGCAAAAGCACCUUGUUCAGCUGCCAAUCAGGUUAACAUUGGUGUUGACUCAUCGUUGUGCACAGUGUUGUGUUAAGUUACAGGGACAUUUUGAAGAAUUGAUAUAUGUGCCAAACUCUUCUUUUUUUUUUUUAACAUUGAUCAUGUGAAAUUUGCAAGUGUAAAUGUAGACGAGUGCUGUGAACACAUUUGACAUGAAUCCAGGUGAUAUCGUGAGAUUUCUGUUUUGUGAUGCUAAAUCCCGUAUGAGUGCUGAAUACUGAAUCAGUGUGAGACAAAGUAUUUGAUUUUUAAUGUUGAAUGUUUCUGGGAUUUAGGGCUUUCAUAUGAAUUAGGCAUUAUUAUUAUUUAAUUUACUUGGAAAAUAAUACUUAAUGGAAAAACUGCUAAACUCUUUUAAGGACUCAAAGUAGAUCUGUAGGGAGCAUCCUUCUCACUCACUUAAAUAACAGUUUUAAUAGUUUCCCUCAAACAUUCUAUUGACAUGAACUAAAAACCUUUAUGGGUCACACACAUUGGUUGUAGUUUGUGUGUCAUAAAAAUAUAAUUUGAAAUUUUUCUUAUAAAUUUUGUGAGAAAAGAAGUAUGAAAUGCAUGUUGCAUUCUUGACCCUUCUGAAGAAAGUUUUUGCCAUGUAUCUCAUGGAGAAAACAUCUUUAUAACUAGUAUCUCAGUGGGAUUAUAUUACUUGUUGCAUAUAUCUUGAUUUUUGACAAAACAUAAGCAGUCUUUCAUUCUGGAGUAUUAACUAUAUUUAAAGAGUGGCCUAAAUUAGGCUGUGAAAACAAGAAGCCUCAUUUGUAGAUAAGUAGCAAGUAAGUCAUAUAGGAAGAGUAAUAAACUGUCUUACUUUGAGUAUGUGGUAACAUCAUAAUUUCUCUAAGUAAAAGGGGAAUGUAGUAAAUAAUUUUAAAAUGUGGCAAUUAAUUUCAGCAUAUCAGUACAGUAUUAGACAUAUAUUUGAGUGAUUCAUUUCACUUGUCAGCUUUUGAUUUAUGCAGUUAUUUAAGUUUACUAGAAUCUGUGAUGACAUUUUAUUAGAAUGAAAAAGUCCUUAGCAUUUUCAGAGGUUUUAGCAAAAUGCAGUUGUUUUUAAGAGUGCAAGAAGCAAGGGAAACACAGAACCUAGUUGAAUUUGUCUCUUACUGAGCUUUCUUUUUUAAAUACCAGAUACAGUUAUAUAUAUAUAUGCCAACUCAAAGGAAGAGCCAACUGCAGAAAAUGUGAAGUUAAGGACAAUCCACAAAAUAACUUGCAUGCUCCACCUAACCUCACUGUUUUAUGAUCUAAUUUGGUAAAAACUGAGUUUCUCUUUGGUCCCAUUCAGAUUUAGACCUUUGUUACCUACAGUACCUUUUCUUCACCAAAAAGCAGAAUAUAUCAAAACCUCAGUGAUGAAGAGUUGGAGGUAUUUCACUAGUAUGGAAGCCAGCUGGGUGGGGCUGGCGGGUGAGGUGGGCUUGGAAAUUUUUUUUUUCCAAAAAGUCAAGAAGCAACUAUGUAUUCUUAGAGAUUUUUGAAGUAAACCUUAAAAUUGAUUCUUUUAAAAUUAUGUACAAGCCUGGAAUUAUUUUCAUGUGUUUUUUAUAUUCGGGAUGUUUUCCUAAAUUAAAUUUAGGCAUAAAUCUUCCAAGUCAAUUCGAUUUUUCCUUUUGUUAGACCUGAAUCAUGUUCUUCCUUUACUUUGGUUAUUUUGUCAGUAAAGGGUUCGUUUUCUUUAGGAGAAAUUACCAAUACCAUGUUGAAAUUUUUUCAGAGCUACGAAAUGGAUAUUUAACACAUGGUUAUUGAAAGUUAUCACGAUAAAGUAACAUGGAACACGUGGUUCAAAAUUUGAAAUUAGCCAGAAAAUAUCUUGGACACGUUAAGUGUAGGGCUGCAUGGACCAAAGAGAUUUAAACUCCUGCUUUCACUCUGGAAUGGAAAUCUAAGGAGGUGGAUCAGUUUGAGGACUGUCCUGCAAUUCUCUCAUUAUCAGGUUGCUUUAUGUAUGAAGUGUGUGUGUGUGUGUGUCCGUGUGUGCCGUUUGUGCUUUUAACUUUGGAGGGAAUUUUUGGUUUCUUUGCUGUUUUUAGUUAUUUCCAUUGGAAUUUUGUGCAACUGUUACUUUUCUGAUGUUUUGAAAUGCAGUUGAAUAGUGUGAAUUGAUGAAAUGUCUUAAAAGCUGUUUCUGUGAUGAUAUUUUAAAACAGUGGUUUUCCUAUAGAGACAAGAAAUUGUAAUGAUAUAUAUCUACACACAUAUAUAUCAUUAUAUACAUAUAUAUAAAGCUGCUAUAUAUGAAUACAGUCUAAUUGGAAAGCUUUUGUUCAAUGAACACAUUUAUGUUGUAGUGGAGAAUUUGAUGUAUUUGCUCAGUUGAAUGAUCUUUUAAAGAGGUUUGAGGAAGCUUGAGAUUUUUAAAUUUGGGAAAAUUUUUCUUGGUUUAGUAGUACUAGACAUCCUUAUCUGUGAUAUGACAAAGGCCCUUAUUGGUGUUUUGGGUUUGUUAAACCUUCUUAUAAUUUGUAUGUGAUUUAGAAUUAAAUUUUCUUUGUGAUAAAUGCAAGAGGGAAGGGGAGAAUCCUCUGCAGUUUACACUUAAUUAUUUUAAAAAAUGCUUAAUAAAAUAUCACUGACAAUGAAAUCAGUUCCCCAAAGAAGAGACUCUUGUGUGUACAAACUAAUUAUUAUUAAUUAGUUAACACAAACUGGUUAGAAAUGUCCAUAGAUCAGAGUUAGUCAGGGGGCCUCAUCUAAGCUACAAGUAAUGUUUAAAACUUUUAAAUGAAGAAGAUGCAAAUAAGCUGCCCCAUGGACAAUUCCACCGGUUGCCUAGAAUGAGGAAAGACCUAAAUAGUGGCCAUAUUCAGUGCUCGCAAGUUAAUUAUUUUUACUUUAGAUCUUAGUGUUUACUAAACAGUGUUAUAGUUUGUAACCCAAUAUACUUCCUUAGUAUUUGCAACCUACAUUUCCACUGCCCCCCAAACGUGAGUGUUUUGUUUGUAUUUUAAGUGAGAAAUAAAGAAAUGAGCUGCCCUGUGUAUCAUAUAUUUGUGAUGUAAGGAACAGGAAUAAUUUUAAAUGUUUUGGAAAAGGUCUCACAAUAACCUCUAAUUUAGACGAGGAGAGUGGGGCUUGCCAUGUCAGUGUUCCCAAGCUGGCACUUACAUGUCAUCUCAUUUGAUUCUGUAAACAUUUUUGAUGGAUCUAUUAUGUUCAAAUGCGGUACCUGGUAUUUUCUAUAGUAAUUACAAGGAUGGCCAAUAUGGGAUUCCUGCCCUUGAGUCCACCAAGAGCUACUGAGAUGACUUAAAUCCUAAAAGAGUUAGGAGAACAUUUUGCUUCUAGCUGAGAGUUUGUCUUGUUUCUCCCCCCACCCUAAUCUGGUUUUUCUCAGUUUUUUCACCAAAUGGAAUUUUAGUAACAGAUAUCAUCGCUGUGAUAUAGUGAAGAGAAUACCAGUGACAUGGAUUUCAAUCCAGCCCUUCUCACUUAGGAAUGGCAGUGUAGUCAGAACUCCACAUUAGCAGUUCACAUUCAGGUAUUCAGCCAACUUUGGAUUGAAAUAUUCAGAAAGCAAGUUCCAAAAGGCAAAAUGUGAAUUUGCCCCAUGCAGGCAGCUAUUCACAUAGCAUUUACAUUGUAUUUACAGUAUUUACAUAGCAUUUACAUUAUAUAGACUAUUAAGAGAUGAUUUAAAGUAUGUGGGAGGACAUAUGUAGGUUACAUGCAAAUAGGACACCUUUUCUAUAAGGGCCUUGAGCAUCCUCGAACUUUGAUAUCUGCUAGGAUCCUGGGAUCAAUCGCCUGUGGAUACUAAGAGAUGACUAAAUAGUUAACAGUAAAUAAUAGUCAUUAUAAUUUAAAAAAAAAACCCUGCACUUUGCAAUACCAGUUGAAUACAUCAUUUUGUAAAAUUCAUCUCUUUUCUUCCAUUUCCACGUUUUCCCUACAUAUAUUUUAAGAAGGAAUUCUCUUACAAUGUUGCUUCUAUAACCUCCUCUCUACCUCUUUAUUUUUUUAAUCAACAGUUAUUUAUCUAAAGGCACUUCUGGGAAUUAGUUGUGAUGGAAGCGGCCAGGGCAAGUGAGAUUCAGUGGCAGGUUGUUUACCUCUCCUUAAAGUUGGAAAAGGGAGAAGCAGCCAGGAUUUGCCCGUUAUCUUAUCCUGCUUGCUUCUUUUGGAUUCAUUCGGCCAACAGGCAUUGAAUCUGCACUCCUCAACGUAUCAUCCUUGCUUUAGGGAUGGAGAAGCGUCUCCUCCCUCUGUCCGCCUCUGUUCCACCGCCCAGUCUUCCGCUUCACGGUAUAGCGCCACUUCUGUGGGAGAACAGAGUUGGGCUGCAGUGUCCACCACGUCCUUCCCUCCAUGGACCAAAUGUGCUGCGUAAGCCCUACUUGUUGUCUGCUUGUUUUUAACUUAGAAAUACUUUCAUUUUUAAUUUAUGCCCAUUUUUAAUUCAAGAAGUAACAAAUGCUAAAGUACUUUCUGAAAUAUUCUCAAACUACACGUUUCUCUCAGAAAGUCGUAGAAUUCUUCAAAGAGUUGCUUUCUAUUUUUCAAGAUGUGAAGAAUGUGGAAAGUUUCUGAAGAAAUUCUGGUGACCUAGAUUGCAGAAAAGCUUGGCAACAUUUGGGUAGCUGGGUAAAUGGUUAUUUCUUUUAAUAAUGGGGGGUGAGAAUCUCAGUGGUAAAAAUUGACUAGUAAUUUCCCUUAUUGUGCUGUCCUUUUGGUAACAUAUUAGAGUGGAGAACCCUACAGGACAUUAUUUGAUUUAAAAAUGAUAAAAAAAAUUUCAAACACAUAGCUUUUAAUUGCAGAGGGAAGGUUAAAGACAGGAAGAAACGUUGGAGGGUAACACACACAAAUACAGACACACUUGAUGAAGCACCCUGCGUUAUGCGGACACAAUUUCCCUUCUGUUAAAACUGUGAACUACACUGUGUGAGUAGGUUUACUGCAUGUUUACAGAAUGCGGUGUCUUCCUUCUGUGUGAGACUAAACUGUACCACAAAGCAUUCUGAAACAGUAUUACAUUUUUGUGCAUUUAGUGGUAGGUUUGCCCUUCUCACUUAGGGAUCUCCACUGUACAUCGGUGUAGGCAAUGUAAUGCUUUUGAGGAGGUUGCCCAAGUUACCUAAAAACAUAUCUGUGGGUUUGUUUAGAGGAAGUAAUGCUUUAUAAAGUAUUUUCAGUAAAUGUGAACAUGUACCAGUUACUAUGUUAUUAGAUUAGUGGAAACACCCAAAUUUCUGAGUGCACUGAGCUAUGAACUGUCACUGUUUCCUCCCCGGAGUUCAGCGGACUCGUUUUCACAUUCUUUACAUUCAUGGCACAUGUGGUGAACUUACGUAAUAACCUUUUCCUGAUUUUGAGAAGUAAUUUAGCAGUUUCUUAAAAAUAUUCUUCCCCUUUCCAUACAGAUGUCGUAUGGUAUAGGUGAAACAGAUGUACAGUUUGUUGAUAGAAUCAGAAGUGCUGGUUUAGAAGAGAAUGUUUUAACACCUUAUGGCUACACAGUCACAAUCUUGCUGAAAAUUAAAUACUCUAAGUAAGUCAGGGGAGCAUGGACCCCCUACGUGUUUGUUUUAGAUUAUAUCUGUCCUUCACUUGGGUGGUGACAUACCUCUCCACUCAGUGGUGACAUGACCGACCCCUUUUGCGGACUGUAUUUAGAUAUGUAACUGAAGCUGGAAAGCAGUGUAACAUACAUACAUAGAGGAACUAUAAUGCAUAAUCUCCAUAGAUGUAAUACUUUUUCUCCUAAACAUAUUAUAUAUUGGUAAUUUCUAAAAAUCAUCACUUUUUUCAGAGCCCUAUAUAAAUGAAUGACAACCUGAUAGUACUAUUGAUGGUGAAAGUUUCCCUUGUUUUUAAAUUAAAGUAUUUCUGUAUCAUCACAAAGUGUCUUUGGGAAAGAACAUUUUAAAGUUUUCUCCAUUGAAGGCAAAAUAGAGGCACUGGUUUGAAUAGUAGUAAAAAAUGAUUAACUUUUAAUACUGGAUGAGUUGAUAGUCUGAUUAUUGACACUUUCUUAGUAUUCAUAAUAUCAGAUUAAUUUAUGAUGGAGGAAUUUUUUGAAGUUCUGGCCCUCUCCCAAACACACACAUGCACACACAGGCUCUGCACAUUUAGAUGAACAAUUAUAAAAUUACACAAUAUUUUUCAUUUUAGUCAUAUAACUUGGUAAAAUUCAUAGGAUUCUACCAUAAAGUACUAACUCCUGACUCCAGUCAUUCUAGAGCAAGGGGAUCAACUUUAUCUUCAAGUUACUCAACUAAAAUGUUUGUAUGUAAAUAACAUAGCAAAAAUAUAGUUUGCCUGAUAUGUAUUAAAAAUUCACUUUCAAAUUAUGUUAACUCUCAGACCACUGAUGAAUCAUUUAGUAAAUAAACUACAUUGCAGUUUUCCUAAACUAAAUGAUGCCUUAGUGCCUUGGAAGUUAAGAUACUUUUGCAAAGUGUAUUUAGCAAGAUUCAGGCUUGGUAUACUGUUGCUGGGAAUUCAGAGCUGGAGCGUAAUUGAACUAGCUCCCUGUGGUUUAUAAAAACCAGUUAUUUCACCAUUGACUAUUACAGAUGACAACUGCUUUCAUGAUGUGGUAUUUGUCGAUUUUUUUUUUUCCAAGUAAGUUUGAAAUGAGAGAAAAUGUAGUCAAGAAAUUAAAUGUAUGAUUUUACAAUUUGGCUUUGUUGUGAACUAGAGAUUCUAGCGUGAACAGUGUGAGCUUUGUAUUGUAACACAAGUGCAGACACUUCGUGUAACUUUUAGGAACAUGUUUACCAUCAGGGAAUUUCUCUCUCUCUCUCUCUUUUUUUUUUUUUUACUCUAGAAAUACUUAAAGUACUGUGAAGUUUAAAGACAGAAGAAACAUAGGAGGGAUAACGCACAAAAACAAAGGCGUUUGUGAUGAAUAUCCUACAUUACGUGAACACAAUUCUCCCCCUUCUGUUAAGACUAUAAACUACACUGUAUGAGUAUGUGUACUGCAUGUUUACAUAAUACAGUUUAAUUUUGAAGGGUUAUUUUAAAAGUAUGUUUAUUUAUAAUACCUAACAAGCUGUAAAUAUUGUAUACUAUUGAUUUUUAAUUUUAUAUAAGCAAUUUUUUAAUUUCCAAUUCAUGUACAAAUCUCAUUGUGUAUAUAGCAUAAUUUCCUGGAGAACAUAAAUUUUGCAGUGGAUUUUAAUUAUUUUAAUUGUGGUAAGCAUCAGGUUAGCCUUAGAAAUGUUGAUUUUUAUUUUAUUUUUCACUACUCAUUUUCUUCAAAGGGCAGCAAUAAACAUAUGCAAGUUAUUUUUGACUAUAGAAAGUUGGUCUGCAAAGAUAAGAUCUGGGUUCCAACUCAUUGCUUUAAAGAAAAGAUGCACAACUAACAUCAUCCACUGUCUAAUCCCAGGGCCAUUUCUGAGGUCCAUGUGUGUCUCUCCUCUUUGUAACAUACAGGGUGAACUCUUUACUGAUACAAACAGGACAACUGUUAAAAGUGAAUCCAGCACUUAAAUGUCAUUACACAGAAUUUAUUGGAUUAAAAAUUUGUAAUAUACAGUAUUUUAAUAACGUUUCUGUAUUCUAUUUCAUGCACUUAUAUAUAAAUAAACCUGUCUUUAAAAGCUUUA